GGAUGGGCACAUGCUGGCUCGGUGCGCUCUUGGAGGCCGAUUGUCGGGAAGAGUCCACUCGUGGUGCGCGCCACGUGCGUGAACGAUCCAAAGUCUGUCUCUGCCAAGUCUUGGUUGGUAUCGUCGCUUGCGUCCAUGCUAAAGCACAUAUCACAACGGACGGGAUGCCACCGCUCUUCAUCCUGUGGUUGUGUCGAGAGUUGAGUUCAACCAACGGAUGGUCUAAAGCCCAAACCAAUCCUCUCUCCUUGGACGUAUGUGCAAGUUCCCACUUGCGGCUCCGACUUUCGCAUUCGAGGAUGGACUGGCUUCAAAGAGACAUGACGCCCCUCGACCCCACACACACAUCAUGCCGUGUUCAAAGCACCUUUGCAUGCGUCCUCAGCUGAGGAGCGACCAUGCUUCGUCCAUAAUCCGUACGUCGAUGAAGUGUCCAAUGCAACUCGAUUGAAUUGAUGAGAAUGAACUCACGCGCAACGG